CAGUCAGCCGGUUGGUUGUCAGUGCUAUUUAUACUGUCAAAUCUAGAAAAGUUUGCUUGCAAGUUUGCUUGGUUGCCUUCAUGAUUCCGUAUAUUGUUGUGUAAAUUUUUCUCCUUUACAAUUCUCUAAACAACUUAAAGAACGGUACUCCUCCAUUGCGCACCUCACAGGGGCGGCUCGUCAAGAUGGAUGUUCGCAUGAUCGAAGAAGCGGUUCUGUCGUUCUACCAAAGUGGCACCCACAAGCAGGAAGAUACUCAUCAAUGGUUGCAACAAAUUCAGGAAAGUCCACAUGCCUGGUCCUUUUGCUGGGAGCUAAUGCAACUGAAUAAACCAUCCGAAAUUCAGUUUUUCGGAGCUAUCACUCUUCAUUCCAAAUUGACCAAGCAUUGGGCUGAAGUGCCAAAAGAGGCUCACAAUGAGUUCAGACAAAAACUGCUAGAGAGUAUUGUUAUGUUUGGCAAUGGUCCGAAGAUAGUCCUGAGCCAGCUGUGCAUUUCGUUGAGUGUCUUCAUUGUACAUAUGCUUCAACUACCUACAGUGAUUGAAGAUGUCACCAAUAUGUUUCUGAACGAACAACUUGGUACUUUGUCGAAAAACACACAACUGGAAAUCUUGAUGUCCGUACUAGAAGGAAUUCCUGACGAGGCAGAGUCCGUCCAUAUACAAAUUCCAAGGCCGAUAGUACGCGAGGAGUUAAACAAAAAGGCAGAGUUUGCUACGGGUACAGUGAUCAACUAUCUCAGCGGAAAGCUUAACAAUGGUCGGUUCGAGGACAGUGAAAUGAAUGUUCUGAUAAAUGCGACGAAAUGUCUCGCGUCUUGGCUCAAGUACGGCAACGUCAGGUUGGACGAGUGCGAAACGAUGGUUCAAGUAUUGCUGAAAAUUGUCCACUAUUGCUACUGGAAAGAACCCAAAGAAGACGGGUGUAUGUCGCAGGAGGACAGUGAUUUGGCAGAGACAGCAGUGAAGGUGCUAGUGAAAAUUAUGAGCUCUCAAACCUGCAACGGACACAAAUACUCAGCGACAGUUGUCCGUUACAUGCAUUUGUUCUUGGACGUUUUCGGCCCAAUUUUAGACAUAGAGUGGAAGGCAAAUAACGAGAACGAGAAUUUGGCACUCGUGAUAUAUACUCUUUUUCUGUCCACCCUGGAAUGCUACUCUUCGGCUAUCUUCGCCGGUAUCUUAUCAGACAAUGAAGAACUUACCAAGGUGUACGGCAGAACGGUGGAACUGCUGGUCAAGUGUACAGACAAACCGGGUACGUAUCCGGUGGAUGAAUCGUGCAGCACAUUAGCCAUGGAAUUUUGGUACAUGUUGCAGGACGAGGUCUUUUCUAUGCCGAAUGACGAGAACAAAACCAAAUGUUGGGACGCGAUCAAACCAGUAUACGCUCAUAUUGUGAAAGUAUUAAUACGAAAAAGUCAAUUGCCAAAUGAGAAAGUCAUGCACAAAUGGAACUCCGAUGACUUGGAAACGUUUCGCUGCUACAGGCAAGAUAUUGGAGAUACCAUGUUAUCCUGUCACGAUGUUCUGAACGACAUUAUGUUGGACGUACUGUCGGAGGCGUUGGAUGAAUCCAUUCUGUACCUAAACUACGAUCCCCAGAAUACAGAUAACUGGCCAUUACUAGAGGCCACGAUCCAUGCGUACUGUUCAAUUGCACAGAAAAUAGAAUUUGCCGAAUAUCCACAGGUGGUGAAAUUGCUCAAAGUAUUAAACGAUAUUCCGUACGAAAAAUACAGUGACAAAUUGUUGGGAAUGGCACUUGAAACAGCCGGAGCCUAUAGCGAUUGGAUCAGUGACAAUCCGAAAUAUUUACCAUCUGCGAUCGAACUGUUAGUGAAAGGCCUGAGUUCGACGCAAGCUUCGCAGGCUACGCUGGGUCUCAAAGAUCUUACCUCAGAGUGCCAAAAGGAAAUGGCUCCGUUUGCGCUUCCUCUGCUUGAUGCUUGUCGAGCCGCGCUUCAAGGAGGACAUCUGAAAAAUUCAGAAAUGAUCCGUCUCAUGUAUACAGUCGGCAACAUCAUGAGUGUAAUCUCGUAUGAAAACAUUAUUCAAUACCUUGACAUUAUGGUGUCACCAUGCUUCGAAGAACUUCAGCAGAACGUGCAAAAUCAGGACAAAAGUGACGGUGCCAAGGGACGAGUAAUCCUUCGACUCGAAAUGAUCUCAAAACUAUUCUCCUCACUGAACACACGUAAAUUAAACGUCUCACAGCGAACCGAAAAAGAUGACGAUCUGCAGCUCGUCCCACCGCAAUCACCGCAACCCGUCCAGCCGAUUCUUUUAAUUCUGGAAAAAACGAUGAGUUUACUAAAGAAUCUCUGCACCCUUUGGAUACACGAUGAAAGUGUCAUUGAAACUCUAUGCAAAGCACUUCAGCAAGCAUUGACAAAUCUUUUGGACGAUAUAAAACCUUUGCUGAACGAUAUGUGCAGUCUGAUAUUGCUUAUUUUUGCCAACAAAUGCGCUCCGUCCGCAGUUGAGAUGGCAGGCAGCUUUAUUCUAAUCUUUUACAACGACGUAGAAAGUCGUGAAAGUAUGAAACAACUGUUUUCAGCCAUCUUGGAAUAUAAUUUCGGACAAAUGCAACAAUAUGACGAGCAUCAGAAACUAUCCGAUGUAGCGGAUCUCAUCGAGACGUUUUAUCUAUUCAACACUCGAAUAAUCAAAAAGAUGGCCGUGUGCUACUCGGCCGUUCAAGCAGAUUGCAUAAAGUUAAUCGAAUACGCCAUGAAAAGCAUGAUGCUGCCGGAGACGGGUCCGAUUAAAAAAAGUGUUGGAUUUUUGUCUGUGUUCAUAAAGGAGUCCCGCAACUAUCCAUUGAUGAUGAAUGCCGUUGCGGCACAAGGGGAAAAUUUGCUUCGAAAUACCUUUCUAUGUCUCGGUGGGUAUACGCCUCGAGCCCAUGUAGAUGUAUUCGCUGACAUCUUUCUUGCCCUGAACUGUAAGUACCCAAGCGAUUUCGCUCGUUGGAUGAAACUACUCGAAAAGCCAAAUUUUCCCACCUUUUUUGUGAGUGCGACCGACAAAGAACAGUUUAUUAAAAAAGUAAUUAAAGAAAAGGUUAAUCGACGACUCGUACAGGAGCAUGUGAGGAAGUUUGCUGCCAUGUGCCGAAAUGCUGUCGAGUGGGAGAUUGAUUUUAGAACGAGCUAAGUGCUGAACUAGCUCCAAAUAUGGUGACAGUGAGACAGUGACUGAACAAUAUCCGGAAUGUGGUUAUAAAACCGAGAAAUCUUUAUUUAUUCUAGUUCUAUUUCAUCCCCUUCAAAGUAAUUCCCUCGAGACAAAAUGCACUUAUGCCAACGUUUUUGCUCGUUGACCGACAGUUUUUUUUUACCGUUGACUUGAAAUUUGAUAUGGAUGUCAGAAAACAGUGCUGACAUCGAAAAAACGAACAUGCUUUGAAUUAUAACCCGCGCAGUUCAAAUUUUAUCGAUUCCUGGUAUUCUUCGGGCACAGUAGUAUGAGCGGUAACCUUAAUUGUGAUUUUAGAUUUUAGAUUCGGGAUAGCGAAAAACAAAGUUUAAGCAAUGUUUUGAUUAUAAAAUCGAAAAACGAAUUAGUUUCGUUUUUGCAUCCCCCAGUCGUAAGAGAUACGUAACAUACAAUUUCGUAUAAAUGUGCAGCAGCGAAUAAAAUGUAUGCUUUUAACAA